AUGUCGGAUCCGGCGAAUGAUACGAUCAGGAAUGCGGAGAAAUCGGUCAACAAUCGCAACUGCAUGUAUUGCGAGGAAGUUGAUAGCGAAGAUGACAUGGUCCAAUGCGACAUGUGUAGCUUUUGGAGUCACUAUCAAUGCGCGGGAGUUACCGAGGCAGUGAAGAGUGUGCCAUGGAACUGUACGAAAUGCAGUAAUUUGCUGCACGUUCCCAAAAUAAGGAAACCUGUUAAAAAGAACGUUUCCAAACGAACGGGAAGUGCCAAAAGCGAUGUCGGAACGGAGCUUCGAGAAGGUCGGCCAUCGAUUCAAGAAUCUCUGAGCCUUCUCGAACAAGAAUCGGCUGCGAUCGAACAGCAACUGCAGGAGGAAAAAAUGCUGCACGACAGACGCUUGGAAUUGGAGAGAUCGGUGAACGAGAAAAGGCGUGCACUACAACAAAAGAUGCAGGAGGAGAAACUUCGCCAGGAGAAGCUGCAACUGGAACAGCAGCGACCAGUUCCGGAAAAUGAAAGCCGAGAGUCAGGAACGAAGGCGUGGGUAGAGACGCAAGAAGAUCCCCGCGGCGCUUACCCCAAGAAGCCGGCAGCAGCGCCAAGGAGUUUCCCUCUCACUGUGCGUAACGCGUUGGUGGAACGGCAUGGCGAGACAGAUUCGGAACAGAGCGGGAUUGGACGCCAACGCAAACACGAACCAUUGACGACGUCAUCUAAGGGCGAGACUCAAGCGGAGAAGAAGAAUGUGGACACCGACCAUCGUUUCAAAGAGCUGUUAGAGCACUAUUUGAAGGCGAAUGGAUCGCAACAGGAGCCGGAAGCACCCGAACCAGAAGAGUCUGAGCUAGAAAAGCUUGAACAGGCUUUGAUUAGGAAGUUGUUAGAACGUAACACGUUAGGACGAGCUUGUACUGUAAGUUCAGGGCCGACUAAAGAACAGUUGGCUGCACGACAAGCUGCGUCCAAACAUCUUCCUACUUUUCGAGGCGAGCCAGAGGUGUGGCCCCAAUUCAUCAGCUGCUUCGAAUACACCACGGAGGCGUGUGGGUACACAAAUACCGACAAUUUGAAAAGACUUCAAGACAGCCUUCAAGGACUAGCCAAGGAAGCAGUUCAAAGCCGAUUGCUCAUGCCUGAGUCGGUGCCUGAGGUCAUCAAAGAUCUGCGUCAACUGUUCGGUAAUCCGGAAAAGCUGUUGAAGUCACUGAUGGCGAAAGUACGGAAGGUACAAGCCCCUCGAGUGGACAAGUUAGAGUCGUUCCUGUACUUCGGGAUCACGGUAAAGCAGUUGUGUGAUCAUCUUGUUGCGGCCAAGCUACACGACCACUUGAGCAACCCCAUGCUGGUAGCGGAACUCGUCGAUAAGCUGCCAUCCGAUUAUCAAUUGGAUUGGGUACGCUUCAAGAGAGGUAGGACGGAUCUUCCUCUUCGUAUGUUUGCCGAUUUCAUGAAGGGAAUCGUGUCGGAAGUUUCUGAGGUGGCUGACUUCAACGGGGAGCAGAACACUGCGGUUGCAGAAGGACGGCGAAUGUACAAAAGGAAGGAGCGCGUGAAUGCCCACGACACUAAAGUGUUUCCGGUCGUGCAGAAUACGAUGCCGGCGAGAACGAGAAAACCCUGCCCGAUGUGCAAUCGCACAGACCACAAACUAAGGUUCUGUGACGAUUUUGCGUCACUUUCAUUACCGGAUCGUCAAAGGUUGGUCGAUAGGCUCAAGCUGUGCAACAUUUGUCUGUGUGACCAUGGGAAGAUGAAGUGCACCUUCAAAGUACGGUGCGAGAUACGUAGCUGCAAAGGAAACCAUCACACGCUGCUACACAGGCACGAGGAAGCAGUUAACGUUACCGUGGCGGAGUGCAACCCACAUUAUAAUGUCGAUCGGUCAGUAAUCUUCCGAAUGAUACCGAUUACUUUGCAUCAUGGAGGAAAGGCGGUUCAAACCUUGGCGUUCCUGGACGAAGGAGCUUCAACAACACUUGUUGAGAGCUCUCUAGCAGAUUCGUUGGGCGUCGAGGGAACUCCGGAACCCCUGGUCAUCGUGUGGACAGGAAAUGUUAAGCGGAAUGAAGAUAGUUCGAGGAAAAUCGACCUGCUGGUAUCUGCCGUGGAUUCUCGUAGAAAGUUCAUGAUGUCGUCUACCCACACUGUCGGAGAAUUGAAGCUGCCUCUACAUAGGACCUGUUACAGAAGCAUCGUAGAAAAAUACCACCACUUAGACGGAGUUCCUUUGUCGAGUACCAAAAUGGAAGUUCCCAGAGUUCUUAUAGGCCUCGACAACCUACAUCUAUUCGCCCCUCUGGAGUCCAAGGUUGGUGCCCCGGGAGAACCGAUAGCCGUACGUUCAGCGCUGGGUUGGGCAAUCUACGGUCCUGAUUCGAGACUUGAGGAGCACCAGCAGCACUAUUUGAACCAUCAUCUUGUUCAAAGCUUGAACAAUCGCCAGCUUCACGAUCUGAUGGCGGAGCAGUACGCUCAGGAGGAGCUUCAUGUAGCACAAGGCAAUCCCAUAGAAUCGGAGGAAAUCCGGAGGGCCCGUGAGACCCUUGAAUCGACAACUGUCCGAGUAGGAGACCGCUUCGAAACGGGGCUACUUUGGAAGCAGGAGCCUGUUUUUCCAGAUAGCUAUCCGAUGGCGCUGAACCGACUGAAGAGCCUGGAACGACGUUUUCAACGAGAGCCGCAUAUGAAACAGAACGUGAACCAGCAGAUUGAAUACUACCUGACCAAAGGCUACUGUCAUAAGGCCACGGCAGAAGAGCUGAAGAGUACCAAUCCUUCUUCCGUGUGGUAUCUUCCUCUUAAUGUCGUGCUGAAUCCAAAGAAACCGCAUAAGGUACGUUUGGUGUGGGACGCGGCGGCCAAAUCACAGGGUGUUUCUCUCAAUUCUUACCUGCUCAAAGGCCCCGAUCUAUUGGCAUCACUUCCGGCGGUCAUCAGCAAGUUUCGAGAGCGACGAGUUGCAGUGGGAGGUGACAUCAAAGAGAUGUACCAUCAGCUCAGGAUUAGAGAGGCAGACAAGCAGGCGCAAAGGUUUCUUUUCCGGUUCCCGGAAGACGAUCAUCCUACUGUUUUCGUCAUGGACGUGGCCACUUUCGGCGCUGCCAGUUCUCCAUGCUCGGCGCAAUACGUCAAGAACUUGAAUGCCCAACAGUUUUCCACUCGUUAUCCAGCAGCAGCACAGGCUAUCGUUCACCGCCAUUAUGUCGAUGACUACUACGACAGCUUCGACACCGAAGAAGAAGCCAUCGAGCGAACCAAAGAGGUACGUUGGAUCCACUCGAAAGGUGGAUUUGAGAUCACCAAUUGGACGUCUAACUCUACAGCUAUUCUUCGAAGUUUGGGAGUGGGUAGUGGCUCCAGAGAGUCAAUCCAUUUGAGCCAAGACAAGGUGACGGAUUACGAACGAGUUCUCGGCAUCAUGUGGGACACACAGAACGACGUGUUUUCGUUUGCGGUGCCCGCAAACGCAGCGGCUACAGAGGCAGAACCACCAAAGAAAAGGGGAGUCCUGAGCACGGUCAUGUCGCUGUUCGAUCCAAUCGUCCUGUUGGCUCCAUUUACGGUGUUGGGAAAGAUGCUCAUGCAAGACCUGUGGCGAGCGGGUUGCGACUGGGACCAGCGUAUCGACGGAGAGUGCCUGGAUAAGUGGCGACAGUGGGUCGCAAUGUGGGUGUUCGGAUUCCAAGAUGCAACUUUGGAUCGACACCUUCUGACCGAUUUGGCCAAAUACAGCUACAUAUCUUCAGUGAUGCCGGGGAGAAUGCGUACGGAAGCGUCGCGUAUCUACGGAUUUGUGUGGAAAAUACUGUAA